GCCACGCAUCUCUAAAAGCUUUCCCCGCGCCGUUCUCUAUCUUCGUCAUCGCUCAACACUGCGCACAGCAACCGAUGGAGGUACACUUGACUCUGGCGCAAUCGGCUGAUUGAUGGAUUGGAUUCGGGAUGCCUUCUGGCGGUGAUAAUAAAGAUCCCGAUCGUGGAUACAACUUUGUGAGCGUCGACCCGUCGGCGCCCGGAGAGAAGGCCGAUAGCAGGUCAUUGAUUCGCGCCAAUGCAGGCCGGUAUAUCUGGGAACAGCGUCGUCAGACAACAACUUCCAGCAAAGCUCGCUCGAAGAAGGGCAAUGUCGACCGUUCUUCCAAGCAGCAGGGAAACUCGUCACGUUCGCUCCCAACCCGGCUCCCAAACCGGCACCGGGAAGCAGCAGUUGCGUGCAGUGUUGGAAAUGGACAGACGGUGUUGACACCACCACCUGACGAUGAUGAUCCUCACCCGGUGGACAUGAUCUUCGAUGAAUCGUCCAUGACGCUAUUGAAGAAGGAGCCUGACGAAGAAGAGGAACAAAGAACCAACCUUAUGGCUAUCGAUAAUGUUCAUCAGGACUCCCAUGCGUUGGCUCUAGACGCUGGAGUGUCGAGCCUGUUUGCUUCAUAUCCAUCAGACCUCGAUGAGCGAGCGGCCCGCAGGCUUAUACAUUAUGCUGCGGAGCAACUCUUGCCUAGCCUCAUCCCUAUACUUCCUGAUGGAGGAGGCAAAGACAGAAAGUCGGAAUUCUGGCUGCCUCUGGCCGUCAAUCAUCCUGCGCUGUUCAGCUCUAUUAUGUACGGUACGGCAACUCACGAGAAAGGCCGCAAGCGCCUGGAGCGUCCGAAUUCACCUGCCCUGGAGAAGAAAGAACGACUUCAGAUUAUGAUUGUCGAAGACGAGGCGAUACGACGUCUGAAUGCCAUUAUCAGUGACCCGUCCCAGGCACUGACUGACGAGAUUAUCCUGGCCAUCAUGACUGUCGCCUUCAGCAGAUACGAGAACACCACGAUUCCUCCCACGUGGCGAGCCCAUUUAUCGCCACUCAGGAGACUGCAAUGGCUCGAUGUAUAUUGCUCCUUGGAUCUAGAUCAGGUCCACAUCCUUGGUCUCCUGCAAGUGAUACAUCUGAAAGGCGGCCUACACAAAAUAAAAAUGGAAGGAUUGGCAGAGACACUUUCCUUUGCCGGGGCAAUGCUAGCAACGAGGAGCCUCUCGAAGCCAGUGCUCCCUUAUGUAGCGUUGGCUAAGACUAACAAAGGAUCAAUCCAACCAGAUUGGCCACUGAACGUACUUGCCCAAAUUUCGGCAUACGGUCCUGCUCGCGAUUUUAAACAGUACGUCCGGACAGGUCUAACCGGGGAAUUGGCAGAGAUUCUCCAGGAUAUACACACGUAUUCAAUUGUCAUCGACCUCUUCGACAAGGGGAAAUUGCACUAUCCCGGUGAUCACAUCAUGGCUGACCGCCGCAACUACAUCCAACACCGUCUUAUGUCGCUGCCAUCCCUUGCCGAAUGCGCGCAUAACGCCCUCUUUGUCGAGACGCACCGGGUCUACGAGCCAUGUCGGCUUGCCACCAUGAUUUACAGCUUGCUAACUGUAUUCCCCGUCCCGCCUGUGAAUGCUCCUCUAGCCCAGCUUGGACGGCUGGUACGCAUCGCACUCACUGAAUCCGACCCCCAAAAAAGCUGGCACGCAGCUCCGGACCUCCUGCGCUGGGCUUUUGUGCUGGGAGCCAUCGCAAGCGGCGUCGAGAGCACAACCGCCGACGAUCGCGAAGUUAGAGCGUGGUAUAUUCGGUCUCUUCGCCGUCUGGCCCCGGUCUUCCAGAUCCGCAGCUGGAAUGACCUGAAGAGGAGCAUGAAGAAGGUUCUAUGGCUAGACUGUCUAUGUGACCCAUAUGGCAAAGAGCUCUGGAACGAGAUCGUUUCCAGCACAAUCUGAGCCGUGGGCGGUGCCGGAAUCAUAAAUCAACCACCCUCUCUCCCUAUCUUGAAACAUACUGCGAAGAACGUCCGAAAAAAGAUAUUUGGUUAAUU